ACCCAAGGUGAACACACAUUAUCUGAUUACAGCUGAUCAAUGUCCAAAUCAUUUUAUUUUCAGACUUUGUCACAGAGAAGAACUGACUUGUUGACCCACACGACAGAAUAUCAUUUUUCAGAACUCUAGUAUGCUUCAACUGACAGAUGACCUGAUGAGCGUAAAAGUUGCCGGCCUGGUCGUUGGUGGUUUGAUAGUCGCCGCCGUCUUGUAUAAAUGUAGACGUGCCAAAGCUGAUUUGCAGAGGAAAUUUGAACUGCUUCAAAUUGAGAUACAAAAGAAGGAGAAAGAACAAGAUGACAUGGUUACCACACUAAAGGCGGUAAAGACUGAGGUAGAGGAACAGGUUGAUCAACUCAGAAGAGAACUUGAGGAAGUCGAGACAAACAGGGAGGAGAAUAAGAAGAAGCUUCAGACAGUGGAGAGAAAAAUAAAAGAGAAAGAAAUGACUUUUGACAAACCAGAGAACUUACUAAGAGAAAAAGAAAACCUGUUAAGGGUUCAGUGGCAACUGGACGAGAAAAAGAAAAAUUAUGAGCGACAGAAACUGAACAUAGAGAAAUUGCUGGAGUCCCUAGAGAAUCAGUUAUCUAGAAUUAACAGGAAGGGGGGUGUUCGAAUCUGCAUGUAUUAGCCAUUUAAAUAAAAUGUAGUGUAAAGUG